AUGAGAAGUGAUACUAGUUGCACAGGAAGCACUACUCUUGGAUCCCAAUCGCUAGGAGCACCCACUCAUCAGUCUCUCUCAAACCCAAAAUGGUUGAAGAAUAUUAAUGAUCUCCCAGAGAUUUUGUUGGUUGAAAUCUUUUGUCGACUUCCAUGCAAGUUUGCUUUACGAUGCAAGUGUGUCUGCAAAUCAUGGUCGACCCUCGUCUCCGAUCCUUAUUUUGAUAGCCGCCGUGCUCUUUAUCUCCGGAACAACUGUGACAAUGACCAAGUUCUCAUGUUUGUCAGCCGUUCCUUCACAUCUGGAUAUUUUAAGACCGAAUUAUUUACGAUUUCCAAGCAGUCUCAUCAGGGGUUAAAUGUAAAACCACUCGAUUUGGAUCCAAGAAGUCACUUCCGUUUCCAUAGAGUGGUGGCCGCAUACAAUGACUUGAUUUUGUUGUGUUAUUACCAUACAUUUGAUCAAGAGCAGCAUAUUUACUACAUUUGUAAUCCCACCACCAAGCAAUGGGUGGCUCUUCCUUCGGCUCCUCCAUGCGAAGAAGAAGUGCAUGUGGCCAAUGUGGGAUUUGCCUGUGAUUCCGACAACAGGUGCUGCAAGGUUGUGAGAAUUCUUGCACUAGGGCUGAAUUUCGGGACUGAUAAAUUGGGGGUGCAGAUCUUCUCUUCUGAGACUGGUAAAUGGAUAGAUUCAGACCUUGUAUUACAAGGCAGCUGUAAUACGGAUGACCGUAUCAAGAAUCAAACUGCACCAGUUGCUCACGAUGGAACAUUGUACUGGAUUACUCACCGUGGCGAUCUUAUUGGGUUGGAGCUUUUCAGUAAGUUCAACAUUAAUAGCACAAAAUGUCACGGUCGUUUUAUUUCCAGCCCUCGUCCUGUACAUCACGGUCACUCGAGUACUUGUGUUUGCCAGGGGUCUGUGAGGCUAUGCCAUUUCGAUUAUGGACGUGAAAGAUAUAGUCUCUCUGUUUGGGACUUGAAAGAAGAUGAGGAAUGGUGUUUCAAAGAGUUGGUUGACCUGCACCCAUUAAUGUCGAGUUUCCCGGUGGGAAGUCGACUUCUGGCUUUCGACCCAAAUGAUCAAGAUAUAUUGUAUAUUUGGCGUAAGGAAUAUACAUCUAACGCUUCGGACAUCCUCAUGUGCAAUAUUCGUAAAUUGACGGUAACUGAAAUCUUUCAGUUUAAAGCUUGUGUAAGCUUAAACAGCUUUCCGUUUGUGCUCCCAUGGGGGCGGUGGCCAACACCAGUUCCUCGACUAAACUAG